AUGGUCCUCCCACCUUGCCUACAACCUUCUAAUCCUCGCAAAUUUCCCUUCAAACUGCUAUGCCUUAUCGCUUCAGAGCAGGCUCAGGGUGAUGAGGAGGUUGCCAAGAUCGCAAUUAAGGGAGGGGAAGAGAAAGUGGCUGCAGUGUGGAUAUGCUGGAGCAGUCAACUAUCGAAUGUAUAG